AUGUCCAAUAUCGUACCACCGUAUCCUUAUCCAGUCACAAAUCAGGAGCUCAUCAAGACUCACUCGCUCGAGAAACAUUUUGAGGGAGGUUAUUUCGCGCAAACCGUAGUUAUUGAAUCUUCCUUGCCCUCUGAUUCUGGGGAUUCGGAUGCUCCCCAGUCUGCCGCCUUGCAAGGAAGGAAACAGGUAGCUUCUGGAUCGGGUACAGCCUUGCUGGGUGGGGGACCUGAAGUGGAUGGAGAAAAGAAGUUGGAUGCGAGUCUAAUUUACUAUCUCCUAACGCCUGAUAGCUACAGAGGUAGAAUGCAUAUGAACCUGCACUCGUUAUUCGUGCCAGGUGGAUGGUGGAAAGCAAGCGAAAUACCCGAUGAAGACCUUCUACUACUCGAUGCCCCUGACGCGAAGAAAGGGAAGUUGGAGGAGAGUAUUGGAUGUUUGAUAAGUGAAGUGGUAGUUCCAGGAUGGAACCCGGAUCAACAUCAAUUUAUUAAUGAGGAUAAAGUGAGUCAAAGAUUGAAGUGUUCAUUGCUGACUAGACAGCUCAAAGCGAUGUGGGGUGGUCAGACUGGAUGGGAGCAGUAUACGAAAUACAUUCAAGCGCCAGAAGGCCUGGAAUACCUGGACAAAUAG